ACCUUGAAUGGUGUGACCAUAACGUAUAGAAUCUGUCCGUAAGUGAGUGAUACAGUACGGGGACCAGACUUAAAGAUGAGCAGUUUGGUACCAGGUCCGAUAUUUGUUACUACCGGAUUGAACCGGAAUUCAACUCCGACACCACCAGAUACAACACCAGCACAGUUAGACAGGAGAUACCGCAGAACUGACUUCAAUGGUCACGAGUGGCCAUGUGAUAGUCCUGUAUCUAGAGCAUAUGAUGUAGCUAACACCAGUACUAAACUUAUCAUACUCAACAACAAGUACGGAAAGAAAGGGACAAGAUUAAGGGGCUAUUACACAGGACCUCAAAAACCAGAAAGACAUGUUGAUCCAAAUAGACACAGAGCGGAGUCACCUAGAAAUCCAAGAUUUCACACAACGUGUUUUGAUUCUAGUUCACCAAAAUUUGAGCCAACCAUAAAGACAGAACUGGAAUGGGUAAAUUCAAGUCACAGACCUCCAAAUGCGUUGAUAGGUGCAUAUUUACAUGAAUCUCGUCAUUCUGUGAAUCCAAGACGUCAUGCAUCAUGCAUGGCAACCCCCGACUUGCCAUACGAAGAUAUAAGAUCUAGGAGUCGUAUGUCAUUGCCGCCAAACAGAUACUUCACUAAUAGUGAGUUCUCUGACAUGAGUAUAGGUGAGAAGAUUUACCUGUGGAGUAUAGAGAAAAUCUACAACAUGGACAAGAUGAAGCAGUUAAAGCAAGAACAAUAUAAAAAACUACUAGAUAUGGAGGCCAAGAAAGGUUACCACGGUUACAAAGAAUAUUCCAAAUAUAUGCGAUACAUAAAUAGUGCUAAAGAUCGCAGCUAUGGAACUGGGACACCGUCAGACAAAAGGUCAAGGUCAGCUUGUUCACCAAGGUCACAAAGGUCAAAGAGUGCCACUAGUCGGACAAGUCCUACAAAAACUGAAAGGUCUGAAGAAGAUCAUCAAGAAAAAGAAAACAAACAAGAGAGACCAAAAACAUCUUUAGGCCAUUCUAGACAGGAACCUUUGAAUGACAGCAAACCACCUGCUGGUGAUACUAAAAAUAGAAUAUCUUCCGCAGAUAGCCGUAAGUCUCCAUAUGGUAGCCAAAAAAGUCUACAGAAAUCUCCUUCUUCUAGUCGUAAAAGUUCUGCUAAAUCUGCAAGGUCAAAUUCACAAAGGUCAUUAAGGUCAAGGUCAGAGAGUAGGGCAUCAAGUGCAUAUUCUGCAAAGAGUGUUGGAAAAACAAAUGGUGACCAGUCUGAUUCUUCAUUAUCAAACCUUGAUAGUGGUAAGCCUCAACUACACACAGAAGGAAAAGAUAGACCGAAAUCAAGAUUGGGCCACCCAAAAGCAGACAGCUCAAAUCAGAGUGAUACAGAUAAGGAAUUAGAGCUUCCAAAAGGGGGAAAAGGAGAGGUUAUACAUUUUGAGGGUGUAGACAGGCCAAAAUCACGACUAGGUCAUCCAAACGGCCAAAAUACAGAUAGAGACUCCCUUCACUCAUCCACACUUAGUAUUAAAUCUGACACCAGCAGUUAUAGUCAUGAUAGUGGUGUAGAAAAUGGUAGAAAAGAAAAGAAAAGAAAUCAAUCAUCCGAUAGCAGCAGUAUUAGUUCAUUAGAAAAUAGGAGAAAUAAUCAGGAUCGAAGACGUAAGACCGAACAACCAUCUGUACAAUCCAGACCAAAUCGGAUAAUGGGAAGCAGAUCGAGCGUAAGCAGUAAGUCGUCAGCGAAAAAUGACACGGAUAAUAAAAGAAAUGAAAAUCAAAAUAAAGGACAUAAAAGUAGUGAAAAGGUUGAUAACAAAGAUAAAAUAGGGAAAGAUGUGAAAGUUGAAUCUGCAGGGAAAGAUGCCAAGAUUCAUAAAAUUCCAAGUGCCUCUUUUGCUGAAGAAGGUACAGUUAAUGAUGAAAAAACAGCAUAUAAAACUGAUGACGAAAAAGUGACAGAACAGAAGAAAGAAAAAGAAAAAUCAGAUGCAGAAAUGAAAAACUCUAAACAAGCCACUAUAAAUGAAGAAGAAAACAAAAAAGAUGAUACAGUUCAACCUGACCAAUCUGACAAUAGUAAAAAUGAUACUGAAGUUAAGGCAGAAGAACAUCCUGUUGUAAAAGAAGAAAAAUCAGAAGAUAAAAAAAUUGAAGAACAAGAGGAAAUCAAGGAUAAUGUAAAUGAUAAAGGAGACACUGACACUGACAAAAAUAUUAAUAAAAAAGAAGAUGAUAAGAUUGAUGCAAGGGAAACAAAGGCUGGAGAAGACCAAUUGGAUAAUGAUAAACCUGACACUGAUAUAACCAUUAAAGUUGAAGAAAAAUCUGAAGCAAAGGUGGAAAACACUGAAACCCAAGAAAAAAAUAAUGAAACGCAAGAAAAAGUAAAUGACACGCAAGAAAAAAUCCAUGGAACACAAGAAACAGAGCAAGAAAAGGCCAUAGAUGAGGCAACUGAUAAAGAAAAAAAUAGACUUAGCAAACAAGAUUCAUUUGAAGAAGAGGAUGAAGACAGAAAAGUGAACAAAGAUCUAGACAAAAUUGAAUAUUAGAAAACUAACUAUAUUGCUGCUUUUAUUUAAUAAGCAAAUGGAUGUAGAAUUAUAGAAAUCAAGAUAUGUUCCAGAUUUUUUUUUGCUUGAAUGUUAUAAAAUUAAUAGAGUUCUAGUAUAAGCUGUUCACAUUUCAUCAAGGGAGAUCAUUAUGAUUUAAAUGUAAAACAAACAUUGCUUCACUUCAGAUGAUUUAUUAUUUAUAUUGAUGGAAUUAGAUGGUUGAAUUGCUAUAGUUUUUUUAUUUUAUAUCUUUAAUCCUUUUUUCAACAUAAUAAUUGUCUGUUUUGUCUUGAGGUGGGCUCAGUUAAAUAAGUUGUGUGCUAAUUUUCCCAUUGCUUGUUGAUGCAUUUCAUUAGUUGUUCUGUUUUUUAUACAUUUGUUUUUCUAUGUAUACUUUUGGUCCUUAAGGAAUCCUUUAGUGAUAUGAGAACUGUAAAAGAAAUGCAAAGCAUAGCAAAAACUAAAAUGUUGCAGGCUCAAGUUGCGUAACAGGUUGGUCAGAUUUACAUAUUUUUUUUAUAUACGAAUACUUAAAGAAAAGAUAUUCUUGUCAUAGAUUUCAUGAAAAGGCUUUAAUCUGUUAUCACUAUCAGGUUAUUCCAUAUUUUUUAUCUAUCCUGAGCUUGGGAUAUUGAUUUUUUACUACAACUCUCUGAUGGUAAAUUAUUGUUAAAUUUUUAUAUUUUUUGAUCAUAGCGAAAAUUUCUUUAUGUUUUAUCAUUAUUUCUUAUUUUCUCCUUUAGCUAAACUAGCAUUUUAGAGAUAUUACUGUUACAUUUCAUUUAGGACAUUUUUAAUUUUAUCAUUCUGCAUUUUUCUUAUGUGCCUUAAAAGGUAUUUUUUGUCUAUAAUGUGUGUGUGACUGCUGAAAGAUAACAAAAUAUCUAAAUGUAUAUGCUUAGCUUUCUUGUUUACAGAUGAAGCCUUGAUAUUUUGAAUAUUUUUAGUUUUAAUUGAGAAAUUGCAAAAUAUGAUUUUAUAAUCUACUCUGAACAGUUAGAUAUACAUGUAUUAUUAAACCCUUAAUCAGCUGAAUAUGACAGUUAAUGGUCAAGUAGUUUCAAACCACUUGCCCCUCUCUGCUUUAGAUUUGAAUACAACCUGGACAUUGGAUUUUUUCAUUUGAGGAAGCUAUCUAUCUACUAUGCCCAUGACUGCAAUAAUGUAUGGAGGGGCCCCUGAGGUAUUUCUCAGCCAGUAGGGCUGGUAAGUCGCCAUAUGACCAUUACUGUAUUGGUGCAACGUAAACCUAAUGGAAAAAAAUAGAAACUGGUUAGAUUGCACAUUUGUGGCAGGGUAAGGGUUUACAAUGCAACAACCUUUUUCAUUAAGUUCUGAAUGUUUUGGAUUAAUUGUUUUUUUUUUAUUUCACUGUUAUUUUUAGUGUAUGUGUUGUCACCCUUAUUUUGAGAUAUGGCAAAAAAUGUUAUUUUUUAUUUUGAAGACGGCUUAAAACCAAAGACGCUAUUUAAAUUUCAAGAAGGAAUCAGUUUGCAUUAUAUUGGUAGUGUUGGUUAUAAAUAUUUAUGACAGUUAUAUGGCACACUUAUAAUAGAAACAGAUGCAUGGUUAUUUAUAGCCCUAGGCCAGAGAUAUUUAACAAAAUACUACAUGUAUUUAAAAAUAAGGCCAUAUAACCUGUUAGAAUUGUUUUUUUCAACAACAGUUAUAAUUUUGUAUAAUUACUUUAUCUUAAUUUUUCCUUUUUUUUUAUUGAAAUUGAAAUUUUGUUAUAAAUUUACAGCGGUGUAUGUAAUUAUAUACACACCAUGACUUUCCACGGAAAAUUGCUGUUACAAACAUGCAUAAUUAUAAUAACCAAUGAAUUUUUUUGAUGGAAAUGUUAGAUAUCAUCAAAGCUUCAGCUGUGAUUUACUUAAAUGUGUACAUGUGUAUAUUUUCAACUUUUUUUAUUAAAUCAAACAAAGUCAAGUUUACAGUAUUUUCAUAAAAUAUAGUACAUUUGUACUGUUUAUGUAUAGCCAUAGAUAAAUAUAUUAUUUUUUAUUUACACAGGAAAUAUUUACUUUUAUAUACCUUAUUUCCUCCAUUAUAAGGCGGGAAUUUUUUCUUCCAUUUUGAAGACAAAAAGUGUAUUUUCCAUCUUAUAAGCAUCAAUGAUGUUGGCUAAAAUUGUUCUUACUUUAAAAUUUUGAUUUAAGAAUGCUAUUAGAAUGCUAUUUUCCUGUGGGCAUUUUUUAUUACUAUUUAAGAUAUAUGUAAAUUGUAUAUUCACAAAGUGCCCUUUUAGCACCAUUUUUAGCUUGAAACAAAAUUAAUUUACCCCUUUUAUUCUUCUGUAUCUAUAAUACUGCCUUGUUCACAAGUCAUUUAUUUGGAAAGGUCCAUUAUCAAUUUUAGGGGAUAUCAAGAUGAAAUUUUAAAGUAUAAAGUAAAUUAGCCAAUGGUAAAGCGCCUUGUCAAGAAGGUGCAUGUACAUAUGUACGUACAUAUAUGUAUAUGUAAAUGCUCUGUGCAUAUAUACAUAUUCUGUACAUAUGUACAUGCUCUAAACUGGUGAUGAAAGCUGUAAACCUUUUGUUCAAGCAACUUUAGGUUAAAGAUUGGGGCAGCAAACAUAAAAAAAAUUUGUAUUCUAUGGUAACUUUUUAUCAUUUGUUGUAGUUUUUUUUUGCCAAUUUGUUGAUAUGUAACUUUACAUAAUAAUCUUUACAACAAGUAAAUAUUUGUGACUGAAACUAGAAAAAAAUGUUCAUAUUUUAUUUGUUUUCUAUGUAGUAUUUGAUAUAUACUGUCAGAUUGACUGUUAUUUGCAUUUUUAACUUUUAUGUAUUGAUAUGAGCUGCGUCACGACAAAACCAACAUAGUGCGUUUGCGACCAGCAUGGAUCCAGACCAGCCUGCGCAUCCGCGCAGUCUGAUCAGGAUCCAUGCUGUUCGCUUACCAACUCUAUUAAAAAUAGAGAAACUGAUAGCGAACAGCAUGGAUCCUGAUCAGACUGCGCAGAUGUGCAGGCUGGUCUGGAUCCAUGCUGGUCACAAACCCACUAUGUUGGUUUUGUCGUGACGCGGCUCAUAUAAGAUAUAGUAUUUGUAAGAUAACUUUAUACUUGUAAAUUAUUUGCUAGAACUUUUGAAAUAAACUAUCUCAAAUAUA